CUCUAUGCAGAGAGAUAGUACAUUCCCCAUUGAUGCUAUGGACAUGAAUGCUGGAGAAGCUAUCGCUCAGUCCAUCCCAUCUUCCCAAUCCGUCGAUAAAACCAACACGACAACUUCAAGUACUCUUUCACCCAGCAAUGGUAGCAUCAGUGGUACAAUGGGAAUGAACUCUUAUGCUCUCGACUCUUUUGAGCCAAGUCUAUUCAAUAUAAAUCCUCUAGGCAUCAACGAACCUCCACAACCACCACUGGCCAAUGAUUUGGAUUUUUGGCUGACAGCAGAUUUUGAUGAUGACGAUGGAUUCAACAAAGAUAUUGGAUUAGCAGCAUUUAAACCAGAUGCACAGUUUGACUUGGCCAGUCUUGUUGGAAGCAGCAAUGGAUCUCAUUCUUUAUCUACUACACACUUUACUCCUCCGGCUCUUGCGAAUCCAUUGCAUCCUCCUGUGCCCAUCAAUGAUCAACCUUUACUUCAACAGCAGGGACUAUCGCAUACUCUGCAACAACAGUUUGCUCAGCAACCAAUGACUAUUCCGCCUGGUAUCAAUCCUGCGCUCAUACAGCAGUACAUUGCUUCAUUAGUAUCGAGCACUAUUGUAAACAAUUCAGGAAACUUAUUGCAUCUUAUCGAUGAUGCUACCAAAAAUAUGUAUCUUCAACAGUUGCUGACAUUUGCUCCAUUAUCUACUAAUAAUGUGGUAAUGCCAAAUCUAUUACCACUGGCCACAAACCGCUCAGCUCAAUCUCUGGUCGGUUCAUCAGACAUUCCAACAAUACCAAACUUGAACCUCCAUGUGCAACCAUAUAUGAAUCCCUCUUUUACUGGUAGUUCUGCAUCGACAUUACCAACUUAUCCUUUUUCUGCCAUGCCUCCAACUGUCAUUACCAAUCCCUCUGCUGGAACUAUCGUUGCUCCAGCAACUACUGGUUCUACUACAGAUGCUGUUUCUACGACUCCUACUUUGGAGUCACCUAUAUCAUUUAAAGCAGGAUCUGCAGCUACAUCUACUGCACCAACAUCUGAAAACGCAAAAGGUAAAUCUGCUGCACGGGAUACUGCUGAUGGAGCACUGGAAGAAGAGUUGGAUAAGCGUCGUCGUAACACUGCUGCAUCUGCUCGCUUCCGUGCCAAGAAAAAGGCUCGAGAACAGGCGAUUGAGCAGACAGCAAAGCAGAUGACUGAUCGUGUCCAGUAUAUGAAAGAUCAACUUCGUACUCAGGACAUGGAGAUUCGCUGGCUGCGUCAUUUGGUGGUCAAUCGAGAUGGUGCCAAACGACUUUCUGAAAUUUAUGAAGAAAAUGGACUACAUUUUGUUCCUGAAACUUUUUCAGGAAACUUGUCACAAGUCACUGCAGAGCAAGUGGCAGCAGCAGUAUCGAUUGUACUGAAUCAACCACAAGAACCUUCUAAAUCAUCUCAUGAAUACACUCGUAUUGGACAUGAAUUUGGAACUACAGGGCAAGUUACUGAUUUAUCACUUGCAAUGAUUCCAUCAGUCAGCAAGCAAUUCAAACUAACAGGUCUGAACAGAUCCAUUCGGCUUGCAGAUGAAGAGGCUGCCACUACAACCACAUGUGCGUAUAACCGUCGAGCCAAUUUAGUUGCUGCCGGAACUCGAGAUGGACGGUGUCUUAUUUGGGAUCUGGACACUCGGGCCAUUGCUCUUCGGUUGAAAGGACAUGCUCAGCCUAUUACUUCUGUCAGUUGGACAAGACGAGGCAGACAUGUUCUUACUAGUUCAAGAGAUUGGAAUUGCAUUGUAUGGGAUUUAAAGUCAUCGUCACGACGUUACACUGCCAAAUUCAAAUCUCCGGUUUUGGAGGCCCAAAUGCAUCCACGCAACAAGGACAUGUUUGUUGCAUUGGUGGUUGGAGAUUCACCUAUUUUGGUAAAGUUUUCAAAAACAAAGAGUGAACGUCUUGAAAAAAUUACCUUGAAAAUGGAUCUUGCAUCUGAAGUUGCGUACAAUGAGAGUGCUGUUGGAUCCAAACCGCUUGCCUCUGAAAUUCAAACAACCACAGCUUUAUUUAGUCCCAAUGGUGAAUUGAUCUACGUUGGGACAAAAAAAGGACACGUUUAUGUAUUUCGUUCUGACAAUGCUCAGCUUCAAACUAUAUUGAUGAUGGGCACAUCUGCAAUCAAGCAGAUUUGUUUUAAUCGCGAUGGAAGAAAUAUGCUAGUAAACACUCAUGAUCGGACAAUCCGGUGCUUUGUUUUAGAUUACAAGGAUAAUGGAACAAUUUUGUUUGAGUUGCUCAACAAGUACCAAGAUUCUGUAGAUCGAAACCAAUGGACCAAGUGCUGCUUCAGUGCUGAUGGCGAUAUGGUUGUUGGUGCCUUGUCAUCAAGCCAAAAGCAUAAUAUAUUUAUAUGGGAUAAAACUAUGGGCAAUCUUGUCAAAAUGCUCGAGGGACCACGUGAAGGAUUGGUUGAUAUGGUGUGGCAUCCAACUCGGCCAAUUAUUGCUACAGUAUCACAUUUUGGUGUCAUUUAUUUCUGGGGAGUAGCAUAUACUCAAAACUACUCAGCAUUUGCCCCAUUCUUUACUGAAUUGGAGGAUAAUCGAGAUUAUCAAGAGCAAGAGGAUGAGUUUGAUCAAGAUAUUGACGAUGACAAAAAUAUGGGAGUAGAAGCACCUCCAAGUCCCACAAUUGAUGUUGAUGUUGUAACCAAAGAUCGUGGUAUUUACGUGAGUGAUACGGACGAUAGUGGAUGGGAUAGUGACGAAUUUUCAGAUAUUAGCUCUACUCUAUUAGGUAUCCCACCACUAGCAAAACUUCCAUAUCAAUCUGACGAGGUUUGUAAAAAUAGUGAAUCCUUGGUUCGAUCUGAAUUAGAUUUGGAGCAUGAGAUGGAUGUAGAUGAGAAACCAUACAGCAAGAUAAAGCAGCCAAUCUCUCGACAAAAACGGCUUAGACCUCCGUUUGUCAUUCCAAUGAACAUUUGA